AUGGCUUCUCCUGCCAACAAGAAAACGUCCUCAUCUCCUCCAAUCCCGAACAGACCAAACCCUAAACCCAGAAACUCGGAGGCUGGUGAUCCAAUGCGCCGGAGCUUCGGCGGCAAUCCAUUUCCGACCAAUUCCAGAGCCAAUAACCCCUCAGAUUUGACUCGGAGAAACUCUUUUGGUGGAAGAGAAGACAAAGAGAACGAAACCAAACCUAUUCAAACCUAUCCAAAGACUUCAAAGCAUUUCAUGUCACCAACAAUCUCAGCCGUCUCUAAGAUCAAUCCAUCUCCAAGGAAGAAAGUGUUGGCAGACAAAAACGAAUUGCCUCGCUCUGAAGUUGUCAAAGGUCUAAUCUUGGAGGAAGAAACCACCAAAACCCAUCGCGUUGUGUCCAAGUCAUGCGUCUCCUUCUCAGAUGUUGUACACGAGAUCGUUGACAUCGACGUUGAAGUAAAGAAGAAGCUUGAAGGAUCUUCUCAUGACGACGACAUGACUGUCACUGAUUUCGAUCAUGAGAGUGAAGUUCUUGACGAGGAGAAGAAGAAAGGGAUUGUGUAUUCUGAUCCAAGAUUCAUGAUUAGUCCUCGCUCUUCUGUUCCAUACACGUCUCCAGAGUUUGCAGCUUCGUCUGGUGAAGCCGAUGCAUUGGCUCCUUAUGAUCCGAACAAGAAUUUUCUGUCUCCGAGGCCUCAGUUUCUUCAUUACAGGCCUAAUCCGAGAAUUGAGAAGCGUUUCGAUGAGUGUAAGCAGCUUGAGGAGCUUUUCAUCUCUGAAGGGUCUUCUUCUUCUGACACUGAGUUGUCUGCUGAGGAAUCUGCAAAUUCUGAGGAACAAGAGGAACUUGCCUCUCAUGAGAGUGAAGCUGAGGCAGUAGUGGAAGAAGAAGAGACAGUGGAGCAAUUGGAAGCAGAGAGUGAUGAAGAAAUGGUUUGUGAGAGCGUUGAAGAAACAAGUCAAGCUCCAAAACAGUCUGGUUCCAGGAAAUUGAAGUUUCUUGGUUUGUUUUUGGCUCUGGCGUUGGGGUAUAUGUUGGUUUCAGCUGCACCAAUCGAUCUUCUGAAAGAGUCGCCAUUCUACGAGUUCCAUAUCCCAAGAGAAGUAACAGAGUUUGCAAAAGCUAACAACUUGGAGAAGUUGAGUGAAAAGCUCUGGACUUUGACAGAAUCGUCACUUGUGAUCGUGGAUAAGCUGGUCUCACGUCUAGGAGGAGGAACAGAGGAAUAUGUUCCAUUGAAAUUUCAUAACUUGACAUAUAAUCAGGAAGAUUACAGUGUUUUCCAGCCAAUCAGUGAAGUGCCAUUACAAGAGAAGAGCAGAGGUGGUGAAUACAAUCUUGAGGAUGGCUAUGACAAUGAAUUUGAGGAGGAGAGUGGAGUAGAGAAAAUCUCUGAAGAUGGCGAAGCAGAAAGUUAUGAGUUUGAUGAAGAGACUGAGAUGGAGUCAGGCACAGAUACAGAGUUGCAUGAAGGUGAAGGAGACUUGGAAGCUUUUUUGGAAGAUGUCUUAGAGUUGAACAUUGAAGAACACAAAGAGUCUGGGGUCAAUCCUGAAGAAAAGCUUGAAACUGGAUCAACCAAAAAGGACCAAGAGGAGGAGUUGGAAGAAGCUGAAUCUGAAGCUAUCAACAUAAACCAGCAAGAUGUUGAAUCCGCUGCCAUCAAUGUGCACCAGCAGAAAGAUAGUGAUGUAGCUGGUGCUGAAGUUGGAUCAGAAGAAGGUUUUGAGGAAACUGUAGUAGAAGCUAUUGAUGAUCUUCAUCUUGAAAUGCAGCAGAGUGAGGUCAAUAAUGGUGCUGCAAGUGGAUCAGAAGAAGGUUUUGAGGAAACUGCAGCAGAAACUAGUGAUGAUCUUCAUCCUAAAUUGCAGCAGAGUGAAGUAGCUGAUGCUGAAAGCGUACCAGAAGAAGGUUUAGGGGAAGUUCUUUAUCCUAAAACUGAUGCUGAGAGUGAAUUAGAAGAAGGUUUUGGGGAUAUUGCAUCAGAAGCUAAUGAUGAUGUUCAUCCUAAAGUAAGGUCUUUUGUUAAGGAGAUGAUAGUAUUGGCCUCUACUGUGGUGGUUCUACUCGCAGCGGUUGCUUUCUUAUUCUCCAAGAAGACAAAACCUGUGUCUGCAUCUGCUCCUAAACAAGCCCCUGAGAGCAAGAAGCUAAACUUGAGUCAUGUGCCAGUAGAGAAUCUGAUGAAAGAAGAGCUUUCUUCACUGAAUUUCCGAGAAGAAGAAGAAGUUGAUGACAGAGUAAGCAAGAACUCAUUCCACAGCAACAAGAAGAAGAAAGAUUCUGAAGAACAUCAAAGUGGUGAAGGAGGCGAGAAGAGUCAUGGCAGCAGGAACUUGAGGAGAGAAUCAAUGGCUUCCUCAGCAUCAGAAUACUCCGUUGGCUCUUUCUCAUACGGAAGUUUCACAACUUACGAGAAAAUACCCAUCAAAACUGGUGAUAGAGAGGAAGAGAUGAUUACACCAGUGAGACGUUGGGGCCGGGAUGAAUGUGAUAUCUGUGUUUAA